UGCGGUCGCUCACAGACCGGAUCUCAGUGCAGGCAACUGCAAAAUGGGCAUAACCAAGAGGGGUCCCUGCGAGAAGUAUGGGGAGAAUGAAGAGCGGGAGAAAGAGGCGUCGGAGGCCGCUGGGCGUUUUGCAGGGGUCCCAGAGGCCGAGGAGGGUUCAGACGUGGAUUCAGACUCUGACCUGGAGACAGAAGGCACCCACGGGCUUGGAGAACUGGUCAAGGAGACCCUCUACCUAAGGUCUUGCCGGGUCCACAGCGUUGUGCCCGCCUCCUGUUUUCUGCGCCAAGGGAGUGACCCAGAGCUGAACCUGCGGCACCGUGGCCUGGGGCCCCAGGGGGCUCAGGCUCUGGCUUCCUCACUGAACUCCAAUCCCUAUAUCAAGCGGCUGGACCUUCGGGACAACGGGCUCUGUGGGGCUGGCACGGAGGCCCUGGCAAGUGCCCUGAGCAAAAGCAGCUGCAUCUGUGAUGUGGACCUGUCGGAGAACCAGCUGGGAGCAGUGGGAGCCCAGGCCAUCUGUGCUGCCCUCAUAGCGAACCCCACCAUGCAGAAGGUACAGCUGGCAGGGAACGGCCUGGAGGAGCAGGCAGCCCAGUACCUUGCUGAACUCCUGCUGGCCCACACAGGCCUCAAGUCCCUGGACCUGAGCUAUAACCAGCUAAAUGACCAAGCAGGGGAGACGCUUGGACCAGCCCUGGCAGAAAACACAGGACUCACUGAGCUUGACAUAAGCUGGAAUCACCUUCGAGGCCCAGGAGCCAUUGCCUUUGCCAGGGGACUGGAGGCAAACAUCUUCCUGAGAGUCCUAGACAUCUCCUACAAUGGCUUUGGAGACCCUGGAGCCUCCGCGGUGGGUGAGGCACUUAGGACCAACAAUGUGUUAGAAGAACUCAACGUGAGCAACAACCGCAUCUCUGCCGUGGGAGCACUGAGCCUGGGCCUGGGCCUCCGGGUCAACCAGACACUGAGGAGUCUUGUUGUGUCCAGGAAUCCCAUGCAAAAUAAAGGCUGCUUGGGUAUUCUCAAGUCUGUCCAGGAUAAUCCCGUGUCUGCCCUGGAACUGUUGGAUUUCUCCGAGAGAAGCUGUCCUAAGGAGCUUCUUCAAGACCUUGUGUGUGUACGUAAAAAAGUCAAGUUCUCAGAAAGCGAUAAUGUACUGUCCUGUCAUGGGUUUCUCCUCAGGAGAUCCAGGUGAACAGAGAGUUUGAUGACCUCGCUAGCUCAGUGAAGGCAGUUCUUCCAGGGCUUUGUAUAAAGACUGCUGCUCACAGAGUGGAGUACAAAAAAGAGUUGCUGCCAGUCUUCAGAUCGUCCCUACCAGCGUCUGCCCCUAAAUGA